AUGGCGGGCAAAAUAGUUAUGUAUCAAUUGUUCGAGGACUUUGUGGAUGCUGGAGACAAAAAUAUAUAUUCAGCUGAUCCUACAUUGCCUUUAAUUCUCAUAGUUUGGGAAUACAUUGAUAAAGAGAGAGUAAUAAGGCCAAAGAUUGAUGGAUUUGUUGAGAUAAUCGUCCCAAUGAUGUCAAAAACUGAAUUUCGGAGACACUUCCGAGUAUGUUUUGAUGUUUAUCAACAUUUGCUUAAUGAUUUAACACCGACCCUGACGAAAAACUACCACGGGGGAAAUUUUCCAGUGUCACCCGAUAAGAAAAGUCUUAUGUUCUUGUGGUAUGCUGCAAAUCAAGAUAGCCAAAGGGAGAUCGGGAUGAUGUUUGGAACUGGUGAAUGGGCUGUUAACACGUACAUCAAAGAAGUGGAAGAAAUCAUUUGUCGUCACAGCGCAAGGUACAUUAAGUGGCCCAACAUUCAACUCGAAAAUGACAUUUCCCGUUCUUUCUACGACCUGUGUGGAAUUAGGAAUAUAGACGGUGCUGUAGAUGGAACCCACAUCCCGAUAGUGAAUUGCCCAGGGGGAAACGCGGAUUAUAUUAACCGCAAAGGUUUUGCAUGGAUUCAAUUACAACUUGUUGUAGAUGACACGCUGAUGAUUAAUAGUGCAUAUGUUGGCUGGCCAGGCAGUACAGAUGACGCCAGAGUCUUGCGAAAUUCAACCUAUUUUGAUGAUCCUGAACAAGGACGCAAAAUCACACCAGGGAAAUUUAUUCUCGGGGACGGUGCUUACCCUUUGAAAAAAUGGUUGCUAAGUCCAUAUCGAGACAAUGGUCAUUUAACGAACUCUCAAAAGUUAUUCAACAAAGCCCUGUCCUUGGGUCGACUGUGUGUUGAAAGGGCGAAUCCCCAUUUAAAAGGCCGAUGUAGGCGACUUCAAAAAGUUUACUGCAAAGAACAUGUGGACAUAUGCAACUUAAUCAUGACCCCUUGUGUACUACAUAACCUGUGCAUCAUUUGUGAAGAUGAGUUAGAUGACUUUAUUGAAAUGAACCUGGCACAGAAUGUUAAUAACUACAGGAAUGUCUAUGUAAAUUUACCCAGUGCCGAGGCAACCAGAAAUGCAAUUGCAGCAAAUUUGUAA